CUUCUCUGCAGUGUGUAUGGCUGCCCUCUAGCCAAGAAGAGGAAGAGUCUAGACAGACAAACCUUGGAAACCUCCCCCAAGAGGAGCACUUACCUUGAUGACAUGGACAACUCCACAAUGGAGGAGUGCUACGAGACAGAUGGAACCGAAGAGAUGGAUGACAGGGAGGAGGAAGAGGAGGAAGGAACAGUAGAGGAGGAGGAAGAGGAGGGAGAAGUGGAGGAGGAAGAGGAGGAGGUUGAAGGCUACAUGGACUACAACAUGGAGCAAAUGGAGCACGAAGAAGGGGAGGUGGAGAGAGGGGAAGGAGAGGGCGAAGAUGAAGAUGAAGAAGAGGAGGUAGAGGUGGAGCAAGAGGAGGAAGAGGAGGGUGACGAAGAGAGGGUGGAGGAGGCAGAAGAGGGGGAGGAGGAGGAGGAAGCAGUAGAGGAGGUGGACUAUGAAGAAGGAGAGGAGGAGGAAGGAGAGCAGAAUCAAGGGCAAGAGGACGAUCAGAUGAGCAACGGCGAGGGGGGCGAGGGUGAUGGUGGAGGUGGCGGCAGCAAUGCCAAAUCGGGCCCGACAACAGAGAAGGACGACAACAAUAACGAUGAGUACGAAAACUAUGAUGAACUGGUGGCCAAGUCCCUCCUCAACUUGGGAAAGAUUGCUGAAGAUGCCGCCAACCGCGCUAUGACGGAAUCGGAGAUGAACAGCAACUCCUCUAAUAGUGCCGAGGAUGAAGAGGAGGAGGAGGAGGAUGAAGAAGAGGAGGAAGAGGAUGAGGAUGAUGAAGAGGAAGAGGAGGAGGAAGAAGAAGAGGAGGAGGAAGAGGAGGAAGAGGAAGAGGGGGAAGGGGAUGAAACGCAGAGGGCCGAUCUGAGUUUGGACGUUGACAGUGAUGUAGUUCGGGAGACGGUGGACUCCCUUAAACUGCUGGCACAGGGCCACGGUGCAGUGUUGUCUGACAAUUUAGAUGGACAGGAAUUUGACGACAGUACAGCGGAGAACAGGGACGAUGCUGACUGUGUCCACAAUGGGGGAAAUGUACACAAUGGUGGUAAUGGACAGAUUAAGACCACCAGUAAUGGACAAAUAGAAAACAGCGAUGAGGAAGUGUGUUUAAGCAGUCUGGAGUGCCUACGGAACCAAUGCUUUGAUCUGGCUCGGAAACUAAGUGAAACAAAGUCCACUGACCGCAAUGGACCAUCCCAGCAAAAUCAUUUCUCAUGCGGGGAUCCCAAUCAACAGCCCCAGCAUCAUGGCUAUGAUUUCCACAAUAGCCAAGACGACAGACGGACACUUGAUAGGAAUUAUUCCGACAUGGACAAUCUCAUGAAGCUCGAGGAGCAGCUGAGCCCACGCUCCAAGGCCUUCUCCAGUUGUGCACAGGACGACCGAUAUCACACCAACCAUCGGGACUUUGAUGAGGACACAGCCUCUGUGACAUCGGACCGAUCAGAAGAGGUGUUUGACAUGACAAAGGGUAAUCUGUCCCUCUUAGAGAAGGCAAUUGCACUAGAGUCAGAACGCGCCAAGGCAAUGCGGGAUAAAAUGGCAGCCGAGGCUGCCAGAAGAGAAGGAGUGAGGUAUACCCAUGAAGACCAUGGCCCGAGGCAUGGCUACGGUGUUGAGCGUAAAGCCCGGCUUCCCGAUGGUAUGAAGAAGCCUUUCUACCAUAAAGACGCUUCACGUGCAGACAAGAAGGAAAGUCGGUGUCCGACGCCGGGCUGCGAUGGCACAGGUCACGUGACGGGCCUGUACCCUCACCAUCGAAGCCUGUCCGGCUGUCCGCACAAAGACAGGGUUCCACCAGAAAUUGUGGCAAUGUAUGAGAAUGUUCUUAAGUGUCCUACGCCUGGCUGCACGGGACGCGGCCAUGUCAAUAGCAACAGAAACUCUCACAGAAGUCUGUCAGGAUGUCCCAUUGCUGCAGCCGAGAAGCUGGCCAAAGCCCAGGAGAAGCACCAGAGCUGUGACGGCCCGAAGUCCAACCAGGCCUCUGACCGAGUCUUAAGGCCUAUGUGCUUUGUCAAACAACUGGACUAUCCACAGUAUGGUUACAAGAACAAUGUUUCCACCAGCACGCCCCGCUCCAACCUGGCCAAGGAGCUGGAGAAGUACUCCAAGACCAGCUUCGACUACAGCGCCUUCGACGGCAGCAACAACCACCAAGUGUACGGGAAGCGGGCCAUCGCACCCAAAGUUCAUGGACAAAGGGACACCUCCCCAAAAGGAUAUGACGCCAAACGUUACUGCAAGAACUCCAGCUCCGCCAGCAGCACCACCAGCACCUACGCUCCCAGCAGUAGCAGCAGUAGCCUGAGCUGCGGAGGAGGCGGAGGGGGUACGGGAGGAGGAGGAGGGGGUGGGGGUAGCAGCGCCAGCAGCACCUGCAGCAAGAGCAGCUUUGACUACAGUCACGACAUGGAGGCCGCCCACAUGGCCGCCACCGCCAUCCUCAACCUGUCCACGCGCUGCCGGGAGAUGCCUCACGGCAUGGGAGGGAAGCCCCAGGACCUGUGCUCACAGAGUCCCGGUCUAGACGUUGAUGAGAACGGUACGUUGGACCUGAGUAUGAGCAAGCGUCUGUGCAGCGGCGGUGCAGGGGACUCGGUGCUCACUCCUCUCGAGCCCAUGUCCCCCCAGAGGCAAGCCGCCCUGCUGGGCUCCCGCUGCUAUGGCAUGGGGGACGCAGACUGCUGGGACCUGCCUGUAGACUACACCAAGAUCAAACACAUAGACGAGGACGAGAAAGAGCCGGAUGACCUGGAUCCCUUCCACGACCUGCUGGAGGACCGCUCCUACACCACAGAUGUUAACAUGCCCAGCCCCAAGCCCAAGUAUGUCCAAUGCAAGGAGAGUAAGAAGGACCUGAUAACUCUCUCAGGUUGUCCUUUAGCUGAUAAAAGCAUUCGAAGCAUGCUGGCCAACAACGCACAAGAGCUCAAGUGCCCGACACCAGGGUGCGAUGGGUCGGGACAUAUCACUGGCAACUACGCGUCACACAGAAGUCUUUCAGGGUGUCCGCGGGCCAGGAAAAGUGGGAUAAAGAUCAUCCACAGUAAAGAGAACAAGGAGGACCAGGAGCCUAUCAGGUGCCCAGUCCCAGGAUGUGAUGGUCAGGGACACGUAACGGGGAAGUACGCAUCCCACAGAAGUGCAUCAGGAUGCCCUAUAGCAGCCAAGAGACAAAAAGACGGCUAUCUAAACGGCAUUCAGUUCACAUGGAAGUCCGGCAAGACAGAGGGCAUGUCCUGUCCAACGCCAGGCUGUGACGGCUCUGGUCACGUCAGCGGCAGCUUCCUGACGCAUCGGAGUCUGUCUGGUUGUCCACGUGCCACCUCCGCCAUGAGGAAAGCCAGGCUCUCCGGGGUGGAAAUGCUAACAAUAAAACAGCAACGCGCCAGCAACGGACUGGAGCACGAAGAGGAGAUCAAACAGCUGGAUGAAGAAAUCAAAGAUUUAAGUGAAUCUAAUUCACAAGUGGAAGCAGACAUGAUCAAACUUAGAACACAGAUAACAACAAUGGAGUCCAACUUGAAGUCCAUAGAGGAGGAAAACAAGGUGAUUGAACAGCAAAAUGAAUCUCUCCUGCAUGAGCUGGCCAACCUCAGCCAGUCACUGAUAAACAGUUUAGCUAAUGUCCAGCUCCCUCAUAUGAAACCUCUGGCACACAAAGAGCCUCCUCUAAGGAACAGCUGCUUACAGCUGCACCAGCAAGAGCCAAUAAGCGAGCAGAACUUUGACGCCUACGUCACCACUCUGACGGAUAUGUACACAAACCAAGACCAGUACCAGAGUCCAGAAAACAAAGCCCUGUUGGAAAACAUAAAGCAAGCUGUUCAAGGGAUCCAAGUGUAA